CGACCAACCGGCUGCAUGCGUCAAAAUCAGCUGUGAUUUUAUUUUUGUGAUUAUGUGAAAUUCGAAGCAGAAACAUUACGAUUGCAUUUCAUAACGAAAAUACAAUAUUACAAAUUAUGGAUAGAGCGCAACCAGCACCACAUCAUCCUGAGGGAUCCCGCAAUGCAUUGAACUUCCAAUUUUCGCCGGAGGAGCUGAAAGUGCUGCAGGAAUGUAACCGGGAAGCAUUUUUCCAACGCUCGAUGCCUCUGGGGACGGUUUUCGGAUUGGGAACGUACUACGCCGUCCAAAGGGGAUUUCUGAAGUCAAGCCCGCGAUUUGGCGCCGGUCCCAAAGUAUUCGUUGGAAUUACGUUGGGCUACUUCAUCGGCAAGCUGAGCUACCAGAGUCGAUGUGCCGAAAAGAUUAUGCGCAUUCCAAACUCCCGUUUGGCCGAUAUGAUUCGCCAGAGACGUCAGGGAGCGACCACCGUUGAAAGAUUAUAUCCCGAUCAAGGGUUCGGCGCUGGGGCCAUGUUGUCCCCGUUUGGGCCGGCCAGCCCGAGUGACAGUGUGACGGAACAACAUUUCCGCAAUCGGGACUCGAUCAACAUCGACGUCCACACGCCCAAUUAUUCCGGGCUGGAUGAAAGCGCUCGACCGUCUCUUGAUUCUAAUCGCGCCUUCGAGGAGGAUCUGCAGCUCCCGGUGGACCCGCCACCGGUGACGAAAUCCUACGAAGAAUUACGUCGACAGAAUCGGGAGGAAUACGUGCGCCGACAGCAGGCACCGUACCGUCCGCCGACGGUUCUGGAAGAUACGCCCCCGAUUAGGCGAGAGGUUGCCGCUCCUUCGCCGAGACCGGAAGAUCAUCUACCUCAGCAGCCCCAGGUGAAGAAUAAGUACGGGGACGUUUACCAGGAGUAGACCGCUAAUUGGAAUUUUGUGCCGCUCAAAGUACUUUAUGCUGAAUAAUAUUGUUCGUAUCACAAACAUUAGAUACUCAAUAAAUUUGCGCAUUUCAGUUUUCGCAUAGUCAA